AUGCCCCUUCUCGAUCCGCGCUCAGGACCGUCCUACGGCACUAUGGAUCCCGACGAUAACCAACUGGAUAAUGAGCGGGAGCAGCUGUUACAGGAUGACUAUGAGGUUGAGGCUCAGCCCAGUGGAAUGUCCACGCCGGAUGAAAUGCAAGAGGGAGUCGCAAAGAUUGAAGCCAUCAAUUUGACCUGGACAACUCGGUCUUUGAUGAUUGCCUACGUCAGUAUAUUCCUCAUGGCAUUCUGCACGUCGCUAGAAGGCCAGACUGUGAUGUCGCUGUCGGCAUACGCGACGAGUGCUUUCAGUAAGCACUCGUUGAUCUCGACAGUUCUUGUUAUUCAGAAUGUGGUCAAUGCUGUUAUCAAACCUCCGAUGGCCAAAAUCGCUGAUGUAUUCGGUCGAUUUGAGGCAUUCUGCGUUAGCAUCCUCAUAUACAUGCUGGGAUAUAUUCAGAUGGCUGCCUCUACCAAUGUCCAAACUUACGCAUCGGCCCAAAUCUUCUACUCUGCCGGCUCAACAGGCUUGCAGAUCCUCCAACAAGUGUUCAUUGCCGACAGUAGUGAUUUGUUGAACCGUGCAUUCCUCGCGCUUCUACCCGAAUUCCCAUUUUUGGUCACUGUAUGGCUUGGGCCGACUAUCGCGGGCGCAGUACUGCGCAGCAGCUCAUGGCGGUGGGGAUAUGGUAUGUGGGCUAUUAUAUUACCUGCAUCCUUCCUGCCACUGGCCCUGUCAUUGCUGUUUAACCAGCGUAAGGCUCGGAGACUGAAUCUGAUCAAGACCCGGUCUAAGCGACACGGGGACUUUUUCAGCAUCGUGCGUCGGACCUGGUACGAUCUGGAUGUGGGCGGCCUCACUCUUUUGUCUGCUGCUGUGACAUUGCUUUUGGUGCCUUUGACUCUCGCAGCUAAUGCGAAGGGUGGAUGGAUGAACCCUAGUAUCUUGGUAAUGAUGAUAUUUGGUGUCAUUUGCUUCAUUGUGCUGCCAUUUUGGGAGGCUUCCCAUAAACUGGCACCCAAGCCCCUGCUCUCUUUACAUCUCCUCAAGCAAAAGACUGCUCUUGCAGGCUGUGCAUUGGCCUUUUGGUAUUUCAUGGCCUUCUACUUCUCCGUUCAGCCCUACCUGUACUCCUACCUCCAGGUUGUACAAGGGUACGACGUUGCCACAGCAGGGCGCGUCACCCAAACCUUUGCCUUUACUUCAACCAUUGCCGCGUUCAGCGUGUCCCUUCUUAUCAAAUAUACCCGUCGCUACCGUAUCUACGUGAUUAUCGGAUGUGUCGUCUACAUGACCGGUCUGGCCCUCAUGCUUCUAUGCCGAGGCGAAGGUGCAUCCCACCUCCAGGUCUUGGGAACCCAAAUUAUCGUCGGCAUCGGUGGUGGUCUAGUCAACGUGCCUGUCCAACUAGGUGUCCAGGCCUCCGCCAGCCACCAAGAAGUCGCCGCAGCAACAGCCAUGUUCUUGACAUCCAUGGAGAUGGGCGGUGCCGUUGGUGCUGCUAUCUCAGGAGCCGUCUGGUCCUCGGCCAUCCCACACAAGCUUCUCAAGUAUCUUCCCGAAGAAACCAAGGGCCAGGCUGGUGAAAUCUUCGGCAAGUUGACCGAGGCCCUAUCGUACCCGGUGGGAUCUCCAACUCGCAUUGCCAUCAACCGCGCCUAUCAAGAGACCAUGAACCGACUGUUAUGUUUGGCCAUCAUUGCCACCCUCCCCCUGAUCCCACUUAGUCUGAUGAUGGUGAACUAUAAACUUGACAAGAUGGGCUACGGCAACUCCCUACCCCAGGAGAACCCCCAACGAGUCGAGGCAGAGCCUGACCACGAGGACGAACACUCCAAACGAACCUAA